UGUGAAAGUAUUGUCAAGUCUUCUGCUAUUUGAUUUAAAAUUGUUUUCACCAAGAAAUCGAAAUGCUUUAUAGGUUUAGAAUGAAAAUUGGAAUUAUACUAAUGAGCUAGCCAGUUUAGAACCACUAGAAUGAUAAGUAGUUUCUAACGUAAACUAAGUGAUUCGUGUCUAGAUCUUGUAUUUUCAUAAACCGAGAAACGGUACUACGUUGUUGCUUGCAUAAUAGUGCAUUCUAAAAUAUUGAAACCAUUUUAAUAUUGUGUGACAAGAAAUGCCAUUGGAUACCGGAGUUGUAAGUGGUUCGGGUGGAAAACAAGUCACUACUGCGGGGUGCAUUUGUGGGGCAGUUGGUGGGUCUCAGGCGGCAGUGGGAAAUACCACAGUUUCGGGUCUGGGAGGGAGUGGCAACACAGCUACGAGCGGAAAACAACUUUCAACAAAAAAAUCCCUCAAACUGUCUAGUUUGGUUGACGAUAUGAUGGGACCAUCUUCAGUUACGGGAAGUCAUCAUGAGGAACCAUUUCGCGCCAGACUGCAUCAGCUUUUUUCUCAAAUUGAAAAAGAAUUCGAACUAUUGCACGCUGAGAAUUUAAUUUUACAAGAAAAAUUAGAAGCUGUGGCUGGCACUCCACGUGACUCGACGGCUGGCGAUCGUUUAUUACCACUACAAGAUUCAUACGAAGCAGAUGGAGCAGUAAAUAAGAGCUUUAAAUCUAAGUUGGGCAGUGCAGGAAGCAAAGUUAAGGCUAGUCACAAGAUUCGUGCUCAAACUAGUAGGAUUGUUUCCAGUUUUAAAGCUCAAUCUGUCGUUAGCUCAUUAGUAAGAGAGUUUUGUGGCCAUAAAGAUGGUGUUUGGCAAGUUAGCACGAAGACAGGUCAACCGAUAAUUGGAACAGCUUCGGCUGAUCACAGUGCAUGCAUAUGGGGAAUUGAUACAGGACGGUGUAUGUUGCAAUAUCAAGGUCAUAGCGGAUCGGUUAAUUCGAUAAAGUUUCAUCAAAGUAGAGACCUUGUGCUAACAGGAAGUGGUGAUUCAACAGCUCAUAUUUGGCAGGCAGCCGUCAAUUGGGAGGUGCCGGCAAGAAAGGGACAUUCAUCUGAAGAAGAACUUGAUGAAGAAGAUGAGCCAUACGAAGAAAAGGAACGGGUUGACGUGUUGAGAACGCCAAUAUGUGAAUUUUCAGGCCAAGGAGGACACACUUCAGUGGUUGUUGCUGCCGACUGGCUUCCUGGAGGUGAUCAGUUGAUUACUGCUAGCUGGGAUCGAACGGCUAUUUUGUGGGACGUUGAGACUAGCGAACCACUUCAACCUCUCUGUGGGCAUGAUCAUGAAUUAACACAUGCUUCUGCACAUCAAAGUCAGCGCUUGGUCGUGACAGCUUCAAGAGAUUCAACCUUUCGGCUGUGGGAUUUUCGCGAUCCAAUUCCUGCAGUGUCAGUUUUUCAAGGACAUACUGAAAGUGUCACAUCUACUGUAUUCACCCGCGAUGAUAAAGUAGUAUCCGGAUCGGAUGAUCGAUCAGUGAAGGUAUGGGAGUUGCGAAACAUGAGGUCAGCAUUAACCACAAUCCGAACGGAUUCGGCUGUGAAUCGCCUUGCCGUUUCAGCUAGUGGUGUCAUUGCUAUACCACAUGACAAUCGUCAUAUCCGGUUGUUCGAUUUGAAUGGACAGCGAAUAGCUAGAUUGCCCCGUACUAGCCGCCAAGGGCAUCGGCGAAUGGUAUCAUCAGUUGCUUGGACUGAGGACAUUAGCUCAACUUGCAACCUUUUCUCUUGUGGAUUUGAUCGUCGUGUACUAGGUUGGGGUGUCUGUUUACCUCCCAAAGAAAACUAAUUCGUAACCUAUGUAUGGUGGAUAUUUGUUAAGAAUAAUCAAAAUCAAUGUUUCCGUUCUGUGACUUAUGUAUACUUCCCGGAAUGUUGAGUGAAACAAAGAUAGAGGGUCGCAACUGAAGGUUAAUUUAAGGACAAAUUUCAAAAGUUAUGAGAAAAUAGAAUUUAGUAUUCGAUAUAACUUGAAUAGAAAUAUCCUAACGUAUCAUGCAUGUAAUGCAUAAAACAUUGAUCUGUGUAUGAAAGAAAAUGUUAUUUUUUCGAAUCGAAUAAUUGUUCAUUUGCCGUACAGUUUUAACAUGUUUGUACGUUUAUGUGACCAGGUAAAAGCACUGUUUUAUACUUAUAAUGUGUGGUAGUGUAUAAUAAUGUUAGUAAGGUAGAUUAUUUAUUCAUUCAAAUGGAAAAGUUGGGUUUUGUUUGCAUUUCUGAUACUAGCCAUAGUAAAUGUCACUUAUUUCUUUGUGGGUUGGACAGUACCACCAAUUAUUAAAACUUCUGAAUUUUAUCUGAAAAUUUUAUCAGAAUCUCAAUCUGACUGCUGUGACAUUUUUGGGAUAGUGUAAUAUAGCAGCGUACAGGUGCAUUGAAGGAUUACGCACUUUUCGAGUAUAAAGCACAUAACCAAAGGAAUAUCAGGAUAACUGCCUUCAUAAAAAUAUAACUAGAGUUUCACUCACCUUACCCCCCCCCCACACACACACGCGCACACACACGAGCACACACAC